AUGUUCUACUCGCACCAGCUGCUAGCUCGUAAAGCUCCUCUGGGCCAAAUCUGGAUGGCGGCGACAAUGCACGCCAAAAUCAACCGGAGGAAGCUCGAUAAGCUCGAUAUCAUCAAGAUCUGCGAGGAGAUUUUGAAUCCUUCAGUUCCCAUGGCUCUCAGACUCUCUGGCAUUCUCAUGGGUGGAGUCGUCAUCGUGUACGAACGAAAAGUUAAACUACUCUACGAUGACGUGACUCGUCUUCUGGUCGAAAUAAACGAAGCAUGGAAGGCGAAAUCUGUUGCCGACCCCACUGUCCUCCCCAAAGGGAAAUCUCAAGCCAGGAAAGAAGCUGUAACUCUGCCUGAGAAUGAAGACAUAGAUAUUGAAGGAAUGCUUAAUCUUUCCAACGGGGCCACCACCAUGUUCCAGCAAACCUCCUAUUUUGCUAUGCGACUUGAUAGCGUGGACGAACAGUAUGUUAACAAUGAUGCAGGGGAUCCACCUCAGCAGUUCCAUCAAGCUGAGGCCGAGAAUAUCACCUUACCUGAACGUUUUGACUCAUGUCAGGCUGAUGCAUAUUUGUACAGUCGCUUGGAGAGAUUUGACAUUGAAGGGGAUGAGGAGACACAGUUGAACUUCACGUCAGGAGAGCACACACAGAUUCACAUUCCUCCUUCGCCUCCUCGAGAUGAACAUCAAAAGGCUGAUACAACCCAAGAUGAUCAACAUCCGGAACAACAGGUCAAUCAGCCAGAGGAAUGCCAGGAAUUUAGACAGGUUCAAGAGAGACAGGGGCCUAUAAGAAGGAAAACAAGAAGAACGCAAGCCUCUGCAAUGGAUUUUGAACAAACAAUCAUUCCUGGUCAUUUAUACCAAUCUUGGCUUCAAAAUUCUUCAGACAUAGUUUCGAGAAGAGGAAGAAAACGAAAGCGGACAGAUGUAAUGGCAACUAUGAAGAUAGUUAACCUCAUGGAGCUGCCACCCAUUGUACUAAUUGGUGAUUUAUUUACAACUGGAAGUAGAGACAUAUAUUAUCCACGUCCUCUCCUCGACCUGUGGAUGAAAAGUACCCGAACUCCCCGUGCCUCCCCUUCUGAACGGAACACCCCACCCCUGACCCCAGAACCAUCGUCAUCAACACCGCCUGGAAGACAACAAUAUGAAGAUCCAGUAGGAUAUCCUUUUGAAGAUUUUCAUAGUGGAGUUGGCUCCCAGUCCUUAGAGCCUUCCAUAGAUAAGCAACGACGACAUUCUGGUAUGACAAGAGGCAACAGUGACCCAGCACAGGUAGUCCUGGAAGGACUGACAGCCAAUCUUGAGAACAAUGAUUUAGGGGGAACUGAUGCUAACCCAAUGGCAACCCCUGGAAAUUCUGAUGAUGUAAGAUCCAUCCCGAGCUCAGCAUCUGGGCAGGCAAUUCCUUCAGAAGCCAAUUCAGGAAGAUCCAACCGGAAAAGGCCUUAUUCUGCAUCCGGACAUGGCAGUGUUAGACUUGAACCUGUAUUUGAGGUGAAUCACCCUGAUGUAAAUUUCGAGUUGUCAAGGUUACAUGAACAUGGCCUGACAUCAGAGCCAGAUUUCUUUGUGGAAACUGGACCAACACAAACCCAAAAACCAAUCAACGAUCAGCCUCUUGACAAAACAACUGAUUCUAUUAGAAGGUUAUUGAAAUCACAUUUCGACACAGCGGGAGCCCCUCAAGUAGAAUCCCUGGACCACCUAACUGCUGGAAGGACUCGAAAAGAAGCAGCUGUCUUCUUUUAUAAGACUUGUGUUCUUGCUACCCACGAUGCCAUAAGAGUUGAACAAAAGGUCGCUUAUGGAGAAAUUCUUAUAUCUAGAGGACCAAAAAUGGGAUAAUUGCUUAUGUUAUUUAACAAAACAGAGAUUGAAGACCCGGUGCUUG